GGUGUUGAAUAUUUGCUGCUUUGCCUCGCUUGAGAAGCGCUGGCCUUCUCGUAUUGGCCUUCUUUGCUGCCUACUCCGUUCUUCGGUUUGAGCCGCGUGGGCAACUUUCCUUUUUAGUAGGCGAUUUUGCGUCAGGGAGGCACAAAUGAUGCGAGGAUAAAUACAGAAUCAUGGCCUCUUCUUCUCCGCAGUUUGACAAUUCAUUUCUUCUGUACACUUUUUGCCUAAUUAAUUGCUUUCGUUUGUAUUCUCCACUCGCUAUAAUGUCUGAUUCAGCUCAUCAUGCCCAUCGGUUAUUUGUACCCAAGAUCCAGAUCAUCGAAAACAACCCUCUUUCACAUCUUCUACCAUACGGCUCCUUAAUACUUGCUAUCAGCAUCAUCUGCAUUGUUCUCCUUACCAACUGCCUCGAGCGAUGGAUCCUACCAGCUGUUUACAAAGACAUCUGCCAAACAUUCGAACGAACCAAGGAUGAGAGGCGACGGCGGUCUUUUGUCUACUUCCACGUCGGUAGCAUCAUUCUUUUCUGCGUUCUUUGCAGUGGAUGCUAUCCAAUCAUGUACUUCCUCAUCGGCGACGCCAGCUUCUCUACACCGUUUACCAAAGGCAGCGCUGUCACGAUCGGAGACAGCCUGCUUGUUCUAUCCGAAGUCUACAGUUCAUAUUACAUCUUCGAAAUAUGCUUUCGCACCAAGUUCGCGAGCCCUCUCAGCAUUGCGCACCAUACUGGACUGCUUGUCAUCACACAGACAGCAUUGAGUCUUUUUGCCGACCACGACAAGCAUCACGAAGCUACACUGGAGUUCUACAUGUGCAUGGUCUGGGGUACAUUCGAUGUCAUCGUCGAGCUCCCCAUCUUCCUUAUGAUGAUAGUUUGGAGAAUCAAGCGACACAACACUCUGCUAUUGUCCCGUAUGGCCUAUACAUGCUGUGUCUGGCAGGUUACAGGAGCUAUAACUGAGGUCGCCGUUACGAUUUAUCUUCUCAACCGGUCGUGGCAUCGCUGGGGUCUCGAGUGGCGUAUCAUUACCCCCUUGGUGUUCUCCCUGUGGAUCACGACCCAACUCUACGGAGCGUCUCGACUAUAUCAGAUGGGACGUGGUGAGCGACAAAAGCUGAAGGCCAAGGACGAGUUGGCUUUGACUCAAGAGGAAAGCGUAUAACUGGACUUAAAACAACUUUCUUUUUACAUAGAUUUGGAUUUCACAGUCACAUAGCAUUGCUAGCCGAAUAUAUAUACCCAGUAUUCACAUUACUAUAUGCUAUCCAAGG